GCUUACAUCCUCCUUUGAAAAACACACAUUUUCACACACAACACACAGUGGACAUUACCCCAAACUCAAAUUCUCCUAAUCUCCCUCUGCAGCAGCAAACUACACAUACCAAAAAGCACCACUCACUCUCACAUUCUCUGUAUAAAUCCCCACAUCAACCCCUCCAAAAGCUCACCAAGAAUUUGUUAGGGUUUGUCACAUAGCUGAGAACAAUUCUUGAUUUCUCUGAAUUUCCCUCAUGGCUUUAUGGAACCACCUGUUUCUCUAAGUUUCUAUCUGCCCACCUUUCUUUUAUUUUGCUUUGGUUUGAAAAGACUUAUCCUUUCUCCGUUUCUUGUUUUGAUACUAUCCCAACGCAAAUCAGUUAAUUUUCCUUUUUCCCCCCAUUUCUUCACUGCAUUUGUUAAAUUGGUGAUUUUUGCGGCGACCCUUUUGGUUAUUUAUCUUAAAAAUCAAAUCUUUCGGUUUUUCAUACUUGAAUUAGGGCUUUUAUCUUGAAUUCAAUGCAUCCUCUUUUGGGUUCUUCGGUGUUUGUAUCUAUAUAGAUACACGAAGAUAUACAUAUAUAUAGUUGUUUCUGUGAAGUGGAAAGUGGCGGUUGUGGAGGGAGGGCAUUGGUUGAGGUGGGAUGAAUAGUGUUUUCAGUGAACAGAUACUUGCCGACAAGCUUUCAAAGCUCAAUAGCACUCAGCAAUGUAUUGAAACUUUAUCGCACUGGUGCAUAUUUCACCGUAGCAAAGCAGAACUGGUUGUUGCAACAUGGGAUAAACAAUUCCACAGUUCGGAUAUCGCCCAGAAAGUACCUCUUCUGUACCUUGCAAAUGAUAUACUGCAGAACAGCAAACGAAAAGGAAAUGAAUUCGUCACCGAGUUCUGGAAGGUUCUUCCUUCAGCACUGAAGGAGGUAGCAAAUAAAGGCGACGAUCGUGGAAAGAAUGUAGUAUCCAGACUGGUGGGCAUAUGGGAAGAAAGGAGAGUUUUUGGAUCCCAUGCUCAAAGCCUGAAAGAUGCAAUGCUUGGAGAAGAAUUGCCUCCACCUUUAGAGUUCAAGAAGAAACGCUCUCGUUCCGUGAGAAUAGUUAAAAAGGAUUCAAGAUCUAUCAGGACGAAAUUGAGCAUUGGUGGUACGGCGGAAAAAAUCGUGUCAGCUUUUCAUUCAGUGCUCAGUGAACAAACCAAUGAAGAUGAAGAAAUGAGUAAAUGCAAGUCUGCUGUUCAUCGUGUGAAAAAGCUGGAAAAAGAUGUUGAUGCGGCAUUAACAAAAGCAAAGGAUCCAUCACGGAAGACCCUAGCCAAAGAAUUGGAGGAGGAAGAAAAUACUUUGAAACAAUGUAUCGACAAACUUAAAGUUGUUGAAACAAAUAGAGUUGUUCUUUUAUCUGAGUUGCGAGAUGCACUUCAUGAGCAGGAAUCUGAACUGGAGAAUCUACGGACACAGAUUCAGGUUGCACAGGCACAAGUAGAAGAAGCCACAAACAUGCGGAUACGAUUGGAUGAAGAUCAUGUAUUCGAGUCAAAACCAUCAUGUACUUCAACAGAUGCCAGUGCAAAACAAGAGCAAACAUCUAAAAAAUCUGCUGCAGCAAUUGCAGCUGAGGUAGCAGACAAGCUUGCAGCUUCGAGCUCCUCCCAGUACAUCAUGACGUCGGUCCUUUCUACAUUUGCAGCUGAAGAAGCCAAAAACGCUGGGCUGACGACAUCUUCAACAUCAACCACUUCUUUCUCAUUGUCGUUUAACAGUCCAAUGUCAAAAUCCGAAAACCUCCGGCCUAUUUCAGAUCCUAAUGUUUUCAUGCCUCCCCAACUAACUCCUCCACAGAACAACCCUUACCAAUCCAUUGUCGUGCCCCAGCCCUCAAUUCCAGGUCAAAUUUCCAGCUCACAAGCCCACUAUCAUUCAAUUCCUAACCCGACAUCUCUGCAAUAUAUGCAGCCAUCGGGUGGAAUUGCGGGAUCAUAUGAUUAUGGUAGUCUUCCCCCUUUGCCACCCGGGCCACCUCCGCCAGCCCCUCCCUCAUUCAUGGUGAGCCCAAUGGUCCCUUUGAUGCAGCAACCAUUGACAAUGGGCCAUCAGCAAUCAACACUAGCUCAGCAGCAAUCUAUACCGAUAUCUCAACCGCCACCUGGACCUGCUGGUUUUCGGCCCCUAGCUCCAAUGCAGGCACCUGGAAUGGUGUAUUAUACCCACCCUUAUCAGUCACAGUGACGCCAACAUCUGGAAUGGUGUAUUAUACCACCCUUAUCAGUCACAGUGAUGGAGACCUGACAUUAGUUGACUAUACAAGCAAAGCCUGACGAGUGCCUGUAAACUUGAAAUUUUGUUUGUUAGAUGACUGGGUAGAUACAGAGAUACAGUGAUCAAAAAAACAUAUUUUGUGCAUCGAACCAAUGUAUUUCCAGGUAUGGAUAGGCUUUUCAUUUCUGUUUCAAGUUUAGUGUAAUGCAGUGUAUCUGUUUGUGUUAUUGAUCAAUCAUUGUCUUAA